UCUGCCGUUUGGCGAGUCGGACUUCCUCGACUUCAAAAGACCAGACGGCUUGCUGAAAUAUUCGCCAUUACUGGCAUUAACACUUUGAGUUUCAUGAGACAGAACAAAACCGCAGAAACGAAAGUACAGUACUUCCACCUUAAUUUUUGUAAAGAAGUAACUUUGAUCCUUGCUCCAAUGGCGACUCACUUUCUUCUCUGCCUCCUCUUCUCUUCUGGAAUGCUUGCUAAUAUUAAAGCAACAAUUCAGAAGGAUUGGGAAAACAAAUAUGAAGUAGAACAAUCUUGGGAGGGUCAGAAUUUUCGAGGAGACGCAAAUAAACCUUUCCCUGACCACGAAGACGAUGUAAGCGAUCAGCUUUUUGCACUUCGUGAGCAACCAGUGAAAAAUAUCCGCGUGAAAAGAGACACGGUAGACUAUUUUGCCAGCGGAAGUGCCCCAGGAUUUUCGCCUCUGGUGAUAUGCAGGAGGGAUAACUUUACAGUAGUCCUAAGAAGGAAAGAACUAUCAUCGAGAGGGUUUGAUAAUGCUACCUUGCAUCUUGCUGACAGUUCGUGCAAGACAAGCCACAACGAAACCCACGUGUACAUAACUUCAGCGUUACAUGAAUGUGGAACGACAUAUUCUGAGACAGAUAAAGAAAUGUUCUACAACAAUACCUUGACUGGCAAAAUUUUAACCUCACCCGAUUCGAUUAUAACAAGAGGAAAAUCAUUCGCUUACAGUUUUAAAUGUGCCUAUGAUCGUGUGUUUAGUCUCACUGGCUUGAAAUUUGAACCACCCAAGCAAGAAUUAGUAAUUGAAAAAAGCGAUAUUGGAAACUUUACUGUGAAUAUGGGUUCCUACAGCGAUAGUGGUUUCCUUUCCCCUUCUUCUGAGCAAUAUCCUGCAUUCAAAAGUUUUUCUGAGCGUAUUAACAUCGAGUAUGGCGUAGAUACCCAAAAUCCUGAUAUUGUUGUACGUGCAGAGUCAUGCCGCGCAACACCAAGUAUCCAGCCUUACGACACGCCACAAUAUGAAUUCAUAUCCGAAGGUUGUGACAAGGAUGAAACAAUUAUCCACGUUACAAGUGGCUUGCAAAACCGUCAUAGGUUCAGUAUCCAAGUUUUUAGAUUUAUUGCUAACCAUACCUUCGUAUACAUUCAUUGCGACAUUCGAAUAUGUAACAGAAACUCCCCAGAUUCCAUUUGUGCUAAAAGUACGAGUUGUUCAAACAGACGAAAACGUCGUGAUGUACCUGCUACUGAUCGUACCUACCAACUUGCAAUUGGUCCUAUUGUCUACCGCGAGAAGCAACCUGAAAAAGAAACAGAAAAAGUACAAGAAUCCGGUUUAAAUACAACAAUGAUAGCAAUACUUGCUGUCGCUGCAGUUAUUGUUAUUUUGUUGUCCUUGACUGUGGUCAUUUUGGUCAGAAGACGUCGUGGAGGAAAUCACAGAACAUCCCUGGAGAAAAUUCCCAUGAAAUGCCCAGCUGGCAAAGUGGAGGACUUUACCUUCAGUAAUCUGGAAAUGAAAUAGAAAUUAUUCAUUUCACAGAUGUUGAAUAAUAAUUAUCGUAUAAUAGUUCACAACCUUCAAUUUAAAAUCUUAAUUAUUUAGAAACAGCUUUUUCAUAGCGUAUAUUUGUCAACUUUAUAGGUGUGCUUAUAUAAGGCAACAUAAUCAAUAUAAAAGCAGUGCAUGUAAUAAUAUUGGAAUAUAUAUUUUUUUCUUUGGGGUAAUAAAAACCCGGGCCAGUUUUUUGCAUUUCUCGGCAAAAUCCUAAGCAACUAGAUGGACAAAUAAUUAUGUUAAUAUAAUCACUUAUUCAUUUGUAUUCAAAAAAAUUACUAUAACCACAAUGAA